AUGUCAGACAAUGCAGAUUUGGAUUCUAUGUGCGGUCUUCAUGCACAAUAUUUCAAAGCAGACGGAGGUCACUACUGUAUGUGUGAGGAAGGGUACGUCUCAACUUCAGGAGAACUCAUCUUUCACAGUCCAACAGAGUGUAGAAGAAAUGUUUCAAAAGUCUUAGAAGAGACAAGAAACCUGGACACGUUUAUUCUUCAACUGAGCCAACAAGAUUUGCAGAAAAUAUCUGUGGUGGAAAUUGCUAAUCUGACAGAGAGAAUUGUCAGCAAGCUGCAAUGGGAGAGCAUGGAGCCUGGCACCAAACACACUGCAGCCUCGAAGCUGCUACAGACCAUGUCCAGUUCAAUGAUGGCCGCAGCCUUGAAUAAACCUAAUGGGACGUUGACAACAUCAACAGAGUCUCUGGAUCUCAAAAUAAAGGUUCACCAUGGAGACAUUUCAGCAAAUGAAAGGUUGAUGUUAAAUGUGAGGGGCAACAACAUGGAACUUUACUGGAGAACAGCCAUUGGACAAAACUAUUCAGGUAUCGCUGCUGUUGGUUUCUUUGCCUACAGCAACCUGGACUCCAUUUUGGAUGGGGAUUUUGUGGAUGAAGAAUGCGGGAAAAGGGAAAAGAUGGGCAUGAACUACUGGAUAAACUCAGAUGUGGUGACAGUGACGACAGCAAAUAUGCAGAAAACCAAAUUGCGCGAACCUGUCAACUUCACCUUGAGACACAAUGAGGAAAUAACGUCUAAGAGAAUUCCAGUUUGUGUCCAUUGGGAAAAUUCAAAGGAGAGAAGCUUCUGGUCUCCUGGAGGCUGCAAGGUGCUUACCUUCUCUCGAAACCGCACAACCUGUGGAUGUUUGCACCUGGCUAACUUUGCAGUCCUGAUGGCCCCUGCUGAAAUGGAGGUGGUAUGUGCUAUAAUAGCAGGGAGCUUGCAUUACCUCUUCCUAGCAGCAUUCGCCUGGAUGUUUUUGGAAGGACUGCACAUUUUUCUCAUCGUGAGAGACCUCCGGAGGGUGAACGUCUCUCAAAAAACAGUGAUCAGGAACGUACAUCUGUACACAGUUGGUUAUGUGCUGCCCGCUGUUGUGCUGGGGAUUUCUGCAGCUAUCAACCCCAAUGGUUUCGGUACAUCACAACACUGUUGGUUACAGUUGGAGAAGGGAUUUAUCUGGAGUUUCCUAGGACCUGUUUGCUUCGUCAUUAUGGUCAACACAAUUCUCCUUAUUUCCAUACUGCUGAUACUGCAGAAACAACUCUCUGGUCUUAACACUAAAGUGUCGAAGAUCAAAGACAAACGGAUGAUGACAUUUAAAGCCUUUGCACAGGUGUUUAUCCUGGGAUGUACCUGGAUUCUUGGCAUGUUUCACUUUGGGAAAGAAACCCCGGUGAUGGCCUAUUUAUUCACCAUUGUCAACAGUUUCCAGGGCACCUUCAUCUUCAUCAUCCUUUGUGUUUUGAAUAAACAGGUGAGGAAAGAAUACCUUCAGUGCUUCAGUGGAGCGAAGAAGCCACAUUUAUGGGCGGAGUCAGCGAGUACAAGUGUGGUGGCAGCAACACUGGGAGAGAUGAGUGCUGUGGAAUCGAAAGUGUAGGAGCCUGAGCCAAUCUGGAGCGUCGCAGUACACAGCUCAUUCUGCAGAUAACACGGCUCUGAUUUCCUGUGAUCGUCCCGAUAAGGAGGAACUUGUCGAAUUAGUUCAGUAGAAAUCUAUGCGAGCAGACAUCGCUUCUAGACGGCUACGUGUGAAAACCUGUGACAACACGACUGAAGGACGGGGAUUGCAAAAACAUUAACUAUCACCAUCUUUCAAGGAAGCUAGAUAAAGGUCUACAUUCAGUGACCUGAAUCUCCUCUGCUGCUUGUGAACUGAUCUGUAUCUUAACUCCUCCUGCCGAACGUGUGACCUUCUGCCCUCAAAAAAUUGGCCAGCAAAAAAUGCAUUGUUGUUGGAUUUAGAGUGAUGAAUUGAACUGGCAUGUGUUACUUUCUGUGUGGGAGAGUUUCACAUUAUCUGUCACCCUUUUGUGUGAAACCACACUCCUUUAAUUUUCUCCGAAAUGAGCUUUCUCUGUUUUUAAACCUCUGAGACUCUGCUCCACCUACGAGACAGGUUUCUCUCCAUUAGCUCAUGAUGUCAUUUCAAAAAUCUAAAAUCUUAGCUAAAUCACGCGUAUCGGCUAUCAGGGAGGCGAAGGCCUAGUACUAUAUAUUGCUAUUCAUCCAGGAGACUCAGCU